AUGGCCGAGGCUUUUGAUGUCGCUUCAGGCAUUGCUGGCUUGAUAUCACUUGCCGAUGCUGUCGUUCGACGAGGCUACAAGUACAUGAGGGACGUCAAGGAUGCUGAGAAGUCUGCUUUAAUUGAAGUACUCGCAAACCAGGAACAGCUUAACAGGGGUAUAUCUGCCGUCAAGGCUGAGCAGGAAUCUUCGCGGUUAGAGAGACAAAUAUCUGCUAGAGAGGCAACUUUGAAAAAGAAGCUCGAUAUCUUGUGUACUAUUGACGUUAGAAAAUGGCAAGAUUCGAACGUUCGUUUGAGACAAUCAGGGACAGGUCUUUGGUUUACUGAGAGCAAGGAGCUUCAGGAUUGGGCCUCCGCAGAUCAUUCGAAACUUUGGGUAUAUGGAAUAGGACUUGCGAUAUUCUAUUGUGACUAUAAGGAUAGUCGGACCCACGAUCCACGGACCAUUCUAGGGGAGUUGGCACGACAAUUGAUUCAGCAUGAAAAUGCCUUCAUCCAGCUGGAAGCUUUCUGCAAGAAGCAUAAUAUGACGGAAUCCGCUCAAGGCUCAGCCACCCCAGAAGACUUCUGCCAACUCAUAGUCGAAAUAUCGAAGAAUUUCAUCUCUACCAGUAUUGUGGUAGAUGGCUUAGAUGAGGCCGGAGAACUCCGGGCAGACGGUUACAAGGCACCUAGAAUCCCUAAAUCAGGCACCGGGAACAAUCAAAACCUUGCUUGCUAG